AGCUUGGUAAUCCAGUCUGAUCGCUGGUCGUCUGGCAAAUCUAAGGACUUUAAAGAAGCAAGAUAUCGACACAAGCAGAACAAGCCCUGUCGACUAACUUAACACUGACAAAAUGAAAGCAAUAAGUCCCGUACGGUCUUUCCGGAAAAACAACGCGAAUUUAUCAGAGCACUCCUUGGGAAUCUCUCGGAGCAAGACCCCGGUGGAUGACCCUCUCAGCCUGCUGUACAACAUGAACGACUGCUACUCCAAGCUGAAGGAGCUGGUGCCCAGCAUCCCCCAGAACAAGAACGUCAGCAAGAUGGAAAUCCUGCAGCAUGUCAUCGACUACAUCCUGGACCUGCAGAUUGCGCUGGACUCCAGUGUCGCACUAACCAGCCUGCAUCACCCUGCGCGGCCGGGGCAGGCUCCAUCCAGGACCCCCCUGACCACCCUCAACACAGAUAUCAGCAUCUUGUCAUUACAGUCCCCGGAGUUGCCAUCAGAGCUGAUGACAGAUGACAGCCGGACUCUGCAUCGUUAAAGCGGUGUUUGGUCAAGACGCAAAAACACACACAGGACCUGGGGAGCAGGACUUUCCCCCCUCUACACAACCACCACCACCACCACCUUCUUCUUCUUCUUCUUCUUCUCCAACCAAACCUCUGUCCUCCCAGGCCUGGAUUUUUCUUUUUUUCUUCUGACGCUGAAAAUCAAGAGACUUUUGCUUAUUAUGGGACAAUCUUAUGUGAUGUGUUUUGUGUUUGGACACUUCAUUAUUAUUUAACUUAAGACUUUUUAUUUGUGGGUCCUUUCUGGAAAAUGGAAGGCGCGUUAUAUUCCCGACAGUGGGAGGAAAAACGAGAUUAUUGUCACAAGGAUUAUUAUUUUUUUUCUCCCCCCUCACCCCUUGUCCCUUUCCUUGUUGAAGUCUUCGCUUUUUUUGCGGAGGUGGGAACGUGAAUAGAAAAAGACAACUUGGUUAGUUACUGUAAAAAGUUUAGUCUUGUCUUGUCAGAAUUGUUGGCACAUGAAGGACUGGACGUUGUUUUUUUUUUUUUGAGGAAGAGAGAAAAAAAAAAAAGAAAAAGCUAAUGAAAGAAUGAAACCUUUGUGAACUCUUAUCAGGAGUUUAUCUUGUAUAGUUGCAGGAAUUUGAAACUUCUGCAAAAGUGUAAUGUUGUACUUAAUUAUGCUGAAACUUUUUAUAAAAGUAAUGUAAAUUGUACCUUUUUUAUACAAAAAUAAAUCAAAAACGCAA